CGCCCGUCUGAGCGGUGGACUUUGCAUGCCGUUCGUGAGAUACGCUUCCUUGAGCUUCGGCAUACAUACUCGUAUAUAAAGGGACUGGGACAAGCAGCUCUCUAUAGUGCUUCAGACGCACAAACAUGGCGAACACCAUCGCAAUUGCCGUGAUCCUUGUCGUAGCCUUGCUAUGGUCCUUACGCCGCAGACUCACGAAGAUAUCUAUGAGCGACGUCCCAGGUCCUAAACCCGAGUCAUUCUGGCUAGGCAACCUCAGGCACCUGUUCCUCCAACAGGCGGGAGAGGGAGACUUCGAACUCCAGGAGCAGUACGGCGGAAUCGCCCGAGUGCAUACCAGCCUCGGGGGCGAAUCAUUGUGGAUCUCCGAUCCGAAGGCACUGCAAUACAUCUACGUAACUUCUGGAUACAGGUUUAUAAAACCCCCCGAUCGUCGCGCUCUGUCCCGGCUGCAUUCAGGCCACGGAUUGCUGUGGGCGGAGGGAGAGGUUCAUAAACGACAACGUAAAGUUAUGCUCCCCGCGUUCCAAGCACCCGAGAUGAAAGCACUGUUUCCCCACUUUACUCGUGCAGCCGAGGCCAUGUCAGUAAGAUGGAAGGACCUGCUGACCACGUCUACUGGCCAGUCUGCAGAGAUCGAUAUCCCUGCCUGGCUCUCUCAAGCAACGCUGAACGCUGUCGGGGAAGCGGCCUUCGACUAUCACUUCGGCACAUUGGAAGAUCCUGAAAAUGACCUCGUCCGUGCGUACAAUAAUUUCACGCUUCUGGCAUUCAGAUUUGCAUCUGCCAAAGAUAUCUUCAAGGUUGACAUCAUGCGACUCUUCUCAUAUCGCGUUAUCAAAUGGAUCCAAGACCACCAGAACAACCCAGCCAUGGAGAAAGCUAGGGAGUGCGAAAGGCUGACUCUGAAGGUUGCGAAGGAGCUGGUGGACACGAAGGCAGAGGCGUUGAAGCAAGGCAAGGGAAGUAAGGAUGUGUUCAGCCUGCUCGUCAAAGCUAACGUGGCCGAGGAUGCGAAGUCGCGCCUGAGCGACGAAGAGAUGUACGCUGAGAUGCGCACUAUCCUCUUCGCAGGGCACGAGACGACGUCCUCGACCAUCGGCUGGGCCCUCCUGGAGCUUGCGCGGCACCCCAAGGCGCAGACACGGCUCCGCCAGGAGAUCAUCGGCAAGCGGAGCACCCGCGGCGGCGCCGGGCUCACAGCCGCCGACGCGGAGAGCAUGCCAUACCUGCAGGCUGUCCUGCGCGAGGUGCUCCGCGUCCACCCGAUCAUCAGCCAGACCUUCCGUGUCGCGGUGCGCGACGACGUACUGCCGCUCUCAAAGCCCCUCACGACCAAGUCGGGCAAGGUGCUCGAGAAGCUGCCCAUCCCGAAGGGUGCACGCGUAAUCUUGUCUGUUGCCGCGUACAAUCGUGAUCCAGACCUUUGGGGAAGCGACCCACACUCGUUCGAUCCUGAGCGUUGGCUGGAUGGUCGAGUCAAGAAGGGCCAGGCACUAGGCAUGUUUGGAAAUCUCCUUACGUUUGCUGCAGGUCUACGAGCAUGCAUUGGCUGGAGAUUCGCUGUCUACGAGAUCCAGGCGUUCCUGAUCGAACUCAUACAAAAUUUCGAGUUUGUGCCGACUGAAGAUAUGAAGAGGCUGCGCAGAGAGCUGUUCGGUAUCAUGGCCCCGACCCUCGAAGGCGACAGAGGCAACAUCCAUUUGCCAAUUCGCGUGAGCUUGGUCGACCACGAGGCCUAGCCCGACGUGCAUGCCUCCAGGUGCAAGGGAUAGGUACUACUAGACCGAACGAAUUACGAUUUGCGUGUGCAAGCUGCGUCUCCAUAAUGGCCGCUUUGCGGUGCAAAGCCUCAUAAGAAUGUAUCUAUAAUGUUGCUAGCUUUCUAUGCGAAAAUUCUCGCGUUCUUCAUACCGUGAUGCCAUAAUCAAGUAUUCU